GCGUAGUGUUUUGAUUUUGUUUUAUAGAAUAAGUGCAUAUUUGAUUUUGGUAGCUACUUUAAUUCUUAGUCUUCCAAGUUUCACAAACUAAUAUAACUAAUUGGUUAAUGCGGGUUACAAAGUAUUCUGAAGAAAUAAAUAUAACUAAUGUGGGUUUUGUGGAUAAACCGCCAUGGGUAGUGGUUAACCACUAACCACAAAAAUCAAUAUUUUGCUACCCACUAUCCACAAAUUGUGGGUAUGGGUAUCCACAAAGUGUGCGAUUUGCGGGUUACUGACAACCCGCAAACCAAACUUCCACCCCUAAUGACCACCACCAAUUGCGGGUUGGUUGGUGAGAUAAUAACGCAUGCAAGAUAUUAUUAACCUAAACCUAUAUUGGGAAAGGGAAAUUAAUAACGUGGUGUGUAUUGUUUUGGAACAAAUUUCCAUAUUUUAUUUAUAGCCUAGACCUAGCAAACCGGCAUUCGAGGCGGUAUUCAGCCGUUCAAUACUCCAUAGCCAACUAUUUUAUUCAAUACUUGUCUCCUUUACAAAGAAAACAAUUUAUUUCCUCUUGCUAUAUGAGAAGUCUCUUGUUCACCCCAAAACAAACGCCUCACCCAAAUUGCUUCUUUCUUCAUGGCCUCUACAAAUUCCAUACCGGAGUCCCUGUGUUGCACGAUCAAAACUCAUCAGGUGGCGACCUAUUUUCACUGCUUGUUUAAUUUCUUGUUUAUCAUAUACAACAAUUUUCUAACUGCUACUGUUUUGCUUUAUUUUCAGGUCAAAGGAUGGGGGUUCAUAAUCUUCCCGAGAAAUGGUCUAGCAUUUGGUGGCGACGAACCCAAUGGGCCUAAUGGGUUUUACCUAUUGGAUGGAGUGGAGGGGCCUGGGACGGAGACAGCAGCAAAAUUAGGCCCUUCAGCCCAAGAUACAGGUUACCCUCCCGGGGAGCAGUAAUCCCUUCUUCCCCAGAUCUCCGCUGCCGAGCCGCAGCCAUCGACCAUCUGCUCAAACUCUGCUCAGAAUCCUCCAACAAUGGCGCGAUCUUUCUCUGAUCUCCCUGGUGAUCUUCUCCUCGAGAUUAUGGGGAAGCUGGAGGUUGAUGCGGAUCAUGUACGGGCCUCCUCCGUCUGCCUUAGCUGGCUCACCGCCGUAGAGACACUCUGUGUCUCUCGUGCGCUAAAGGGCAAUCAACCUCUCAAGACAAGUCUCUUCCACAAACCUUCACAGGCCCUGGGAGGAGCUCUCCAGCAAUACAGCACCUCCGCUCUCCGUGUUCAUGAACUACUUGCCCGAAGGGAGCUCUACACUUUUCCUACGGUUCAUAAUCAAGCACAACUUGGUGUCAAGAACUUCCAGCUCGUCGGCUCCAGCCUAGGACUUCUAUGCGUUAUCUCUGGUCUUCGCAUCUACCUGUACAACCCAUACUUCCGUUGGUUUCGCCAGGUAAAUCAUCUCCAGCUCCGUUCUAGGAUGCUACUAUUGAAUCUGAGGAAUGCCGGCCUAGGUUUGCUCUGGGAACCCGAUAUUAGCGUAUCAGUUAGGGCCUCAGGAUUUGGCUUCGACCUAAACUCCCACCAAUUCAAGUUUAUGAGGGUUUUGGAGUACUUGAACAGCAAUUAUCAGGUUGUGGAGGUCUAUUCAAUCGCGUCCGGGGUUGUGCAAUCUGCUCCUUGGUCUUUGUUUGACCCCUUGCUCUGUAACCAGAGACUUGCUACUGAGUAUAAUGGUUCCUUACUCUGGAUUUCGGAGUAUCAUGCCCCUGGGUUGAGGGGAGCUGAUCACCUGUCGGGUUUCAUCGUCGCGUUCUCCCUUGGCAACCACGUUCUCAGUUGCUGGACUUUGCCAGAACAGCUGCAACGCGGCUUUGAGCUGAAUUUGGGACUUCUUCGAUCCCAAUUGUGCCUUUGUGCCAGAGAUGCUUCCAAUAUCAAGUUAUUUCUAUUCAAUGGCACGCUAUGGCAGCCAAGGUGCUCGAUUCAACACCCUAACAUCAUCAACGGCCCAUUCGUGCCGCUCGGCAUUCCAAUCGACGGCUUGAUUCUCUUUCAAACGGGGGGAAAACGGUUCACUUUCUAUUUCGAAGCCCAACAGCUCCUGAUUUGUUGCUCGAACAACAACGAGCUAGGGGGGCAUGAUCCGAUUUUGUGGUCUUCGUUCUUCUGCGGCAGGAGUUUUGUUAGGAGGGUCCCAGGUUUACGUGGUGUUUUCGCUUAGAUAGUUUCCACUUGUUGCAGCUAUUUUGGACUUGUGUUUAGGGCAUACACUAUCCUGUAACUGUUUUGUCUCUUCUACUAUGACCCAAGUGAUGAUGGUGGUUAUGAUAUGAACUUGUAACGACGAGCUAGGCGGGCAUGAUCCGAUUUUGUGGUCUUCGUUCUUCUGCUGCAGGAGUUUUCUUAGGAGGGUCCCAGGUUUACGUGUUGUUUUCGCUUAGAUAGUUUCCACUUGUUGCAGCUAUUUUGGACUUGUGUUUAGGGCAUACACUAUCUUGUAACUGUUUUGUCUCUUCUACUAUGACCCAAGUGAUGAUGGCUGUUAUGAUAUGAACUUGUAACUCUGUCUUUAUGAUAGGCUAUGAUUUGAACUUGUAACUGCCUAUUUAUGAUAGGCUAUCUCCCAACUGUGGGUCUUCGUUUCCAACCGAAAAGACACUGAAGUUUACCUUCUAGCUAUACCUCUCAAUUAUCCAGAAACCUCUAGUAAAAUUCAAACUUCUGG